AUGUCUGUCGAGGUGCCGAAACUGCAACGCGCGCUCAUAUUCGAUGAAUACAAUGGGCCAUUGGAAGUGCGAAUGGUGCCGGUGCCGGAGAUUGCCGAUGAUGAGCUUCUCAUCAAAAUUCGCUAUUCCGGCGUAUGUCAUUCCGAUCUUCAUAUUUGGCUGGGCGAUCUUUCCUCGAUGACGACUUGCCCAUUGAUUGGAGGUCAUGAAGGUGCCGGUGAGGUCAUCAAAGUCGGCAAAAAUGUUCCCGGAUGGGAGAUUGGCGACUAUGCAGGAGUCAAGCUGAUGAACUUCAACUGCCUCAACUGCGAGUUCUGCAAGAAGGGCCAUGAGCCGCUAUGUGUUCACAAGAAGAAUUGCGGAAUUGAUCGAUCGGGAACAUUCCAGGAGUAUCUGGCGAUUCGCGGUGUCGACGCCGCCAAGAUCAACAAGAAGACUGAUUUGGCGGCGGCGGCGCCAGUCUUGUGCGCCGGUGUCACCGUUUAUAAAGCGCUGAAGGAGUCGAACGUGCGACCCGGUCAGAUUAUAUUGUUGACGGGCGCCGGCGGUGGAUUGGGAUCGUUGGCGAUUCAGUACGCGAACGCGAUGGGAAUGCGAGUGCUCGCCAUGGAUCACGGAAGCAAAAAGGAGCAUUGCAUGAAAAUGGGAGCUGAAUGGUUUUUGGACGCGUUCGAAACGGAGGAUAUCAUUGAGACGGUUACCGAGAUGACCGACGGUGGACCGCACGGAGUUAUCAAUCUUGCGGUGGCGAAGAAGCCCAUGGAAGACGCCAUUCAGUACGUUCGCAAGCGCGGAACUGUCGUGCUCGUUGGACUCCCCAAAGAUUCCGUUAUCUCGUUUGACAUCGUGCCGUUCAUCUUCAACGCGAUCACCAUCAAGGGCAGCAUCGUCGGCUCUCGUCUCGACGUCGAUGAAGCCAUGGAGUUUGUGACGCGCGGCAUCGUCAAAGUCCCAUUGGAGCUUAUCAAACUCGACGAUGUGCCGAAGGUGUACCAGAAGAUGCUCGACGGCAAGAUCACGUCGCGAGCCGUCGUCGACUUCUCAUUGUAA